CCGGCCGCUACGAUCCGCUAUCCGUACGUGUUCGUAUUAAAGGGCGCAGUACUGUCCACAGCAAAUGUUGGUGUGGUGACAUUCGAUUCUCGCUCCGAUUGCACGAAUCUGGGAGGUGGACAUAAAGGUGACCUGGGCUUUCACAGGAAGUCGAUUGCCAUAGCUACUUCCACCUUCUAGUCCUUGGCCAGGUCUUCAAAUCUCGGCAAUAUUGGUGCGUCAUGGCGUCAACGGCUGCGGUGGGCCUGUUGAUCGUCCUUUUCUCCUUGAGCAACCCGAUUCUUUCCAGAGCAGCGACGGCUUAUUACGACAUCAGCGAGUAUGCUGAAGUGUUCUCUCCAUCGGGCCCAAGGCAGAGUAUCAUGAUGCCGACGAAGCUUGGGGAGAUUCUUGCAUACAACAAUGAUUUGAAAGUGGGAGACGACCGAGGCACUGUAGUUGGUUUUGUCAAUGGGAACUGCAUUGUAUCGGCAGAGAUUACAGACGGCAUCCCCAAUACGGCGUACGAGUGCUUGGAGACCCUGGUUUACACCGGCGGGAAGUAUGCAGGGAGCGCGCUUACUGUUGCUGGUUAUUAUGACUUCGUCGAGAACGGUCCUCUUGCCAUUGUGGGUGGGACCGGACAGUUUCGGGGGGCAACAGGCGAACUGAAUUAUGCGUAUCCUGACAAUAGCUCCGCUUAUUCGAUACCUAGACUUGUCUUUGUGACUCCAACAUUUCCGAACUCGAUGACGUGCGACCCCGGCAGCAAGAACCCUAACCAGUGCUUUAAUGCAGAUGGAUCGUCGUUCGUCUGCUGUACGAGUGCAUGCGGCAACUCUGGCUCAACCGCCAGUUGCGAGUGAUACAUGUUGGCCUUCUCUUGUCCGUCAUACCAGUGGCUUCAGUGAAUUUGCUGGCAUCGCUUUAAGCAUGUGUGAUGCGUUCAAUGUUCUGAAGGAAAGCAAGAGCGAACAGGUAUUAGUGCACACCCUUUAAGGCCUCGUUGUAGUUUGCGUCGACGCUGCUGAGCUUCACAUGCACUUGCGCCGUCGUUGAAGCAAUUCGUUUCUAAAAUCCCGGAGGAACACUGGCUGCAUCCGUCAUUCUGUAGCGCAUUCUACACAACGGAGGUGGUCAGACCCGAUUUCAAUAAAGCAUGCGGCCCUUUGCUGCAAUGACUUGAAAGUGUCCAAAACAUGUAAUUGCUCGGUGACUCUUAGUUCUGGCGUCUAAUUGUAGAUGUGGCUCGGUAUUCCUUGUGCCACGCAGAAGAGGGUGUGAUGUAUAUUCGGAGAGUGGGAGUGCGGUUUUGUGAACACGGCCGACGAAUAAAGGUUCGAAAUAUUAUAGCCGUUUGCUUGGCAAGAAAGUCGCAAUCGAGCUCUUACCUCGUUUGACG